AUGUGCCAAGAUGAUCAUUUGUUUUAUGAAGAUAAUUGCCAUGGUUCUUAUAUUGCACGAACUACUCCAUCAGUGCCACGAAAAUGGAUGAAGCAGAAAAAACGAACUGAAGAAAUAAAGAAAGCUGAAGAUGCUAAAAGACAGUUAAUGAUGAAUAAUACUUUUCUACAAGCUGAUCUGAACAGACAGGCUCUUGAAAAAGCAAUGCAUGAUAUUGAUGACAUUGAAGACAAUGAUUUAAGUUAUAAAGAUUCAUCAAAAUCAACUGCUGUCAACCCAGCGAAUUCUAAGUUAUUGAAGAAUGAUCCUGCUAUGUUCCCUCAAGUAAGGAUUCGUGAAGUAGCUAAUACAGUUUUUGGCCAACAGUGGCAGGUUUCAAAAACAAAUUCUGAUGAUCAAGAUAUUGGAGAAUUUGAUGAUGGUGAUGACGUUGAUGAUGAUUAUGAUGAUAAAUUGGAUAAUCCUGGUGAAAAGCGAAAGAGGUCCUCAAAAGAUCGAACAUAUGUUAUGCCAAGCAGACGAUGUCUUGCUAACUGGUUAGAGGCUGCAUCCUUCUUGAACCUACAAAUGGUUGCUCAAUCAUUGAUUGAAAAAGAUGACAAUGUAGUUACAAUAGGCUUAGAUGAUACGACAAAGGCAGCAGUUCAUAAAGUGAUUGAUGUAAAAAAUGACCAUAUAACUAUCUGUAGACCAACUGGAAAGAAAACAAUGACCACUGGAUAUAUUGAAAAUGUAUCACACACAGGAAAAGAUGCUGCUAAGGCAUAUGAGUAUAAGCUACAAUCGUUGGCAAUAUUAGCUGAUACUUCACUUGAUGAUAUAAAACAACACAUAGAUUUUUGGAUGACUGACCGGGCUGCUGAUUGUUCUAAAAUGCUUGAGUGUAUGGAGGUUCAAUCUGAUAAAAUUCUUAAAUGUUGUGCUCAUGUCAUUUUAGGAGUAGAUAGUGCGAUUGAUAAAGUGUUUAGAGAUUGA